AUGGACCUGGACAAGCUGAGACGAGGCGACGCUGCCAUCGAUAAAUGUUUAAAGGACUGCGAGCGCAUGAUUCAAAAGAGUCUCAACAAUCCAUUGGUGAAGACCUUGAGGGAACAGAUGGAGAAAGCCGGGUGUCCUGUUAAAGACAAUUUCUUCAAAGCUAUGAUUUGUUUCAAUUCUUAUGGUGGCGUUUUUACACCCGGUAAGGGGAUAACUGUGUGUGGAAAUAAGAAACAAAACCAAGACAAUGUUACGCAGGUGAUAAUUCAUGAGCUAAUUCAUGCAUUCGAUGACUGUCGAGCUGCAAACAUGGAUUGGACUAAUUGUGCUCACCAUGCUUGUAGUGAGAUAAGAGCUGGUCAUUUAAGUGGUGAUUGUCAUUAUAAACGGGAACUUCUGCGAGGUUUUCUGAGAAUAAAAGGGCAUGAACAAGAAUGCAUCAAAAGAAGAGUUAUGAAAUCUUUGGCUGCAAAUCCGUUUUGCGCUGGUUCGACUGCCAAGGAUUCUAUGGAUGCUGUAUGGAAUACUUGUUAUAAUGAUACAGCGCCUUUUGAGAAAGUUCCCUAA